AUGGCGUUUGUGGCGUACAAGUCGCUGGGCGACAAGGAGAUGAUGAAGGAAGUGGUGGACGUGCUGCGGGAGUUUGGCGGGGGUGUUGCGGCAUGGCGGAGUUGUUGUUGUCCAUGUUUUGGUGUCGGGAGAAGAAGAAUCCCGUAA